UAACGUGUUAGUGUCUUCUCUUGAGUUAGCUGUAGGUGUGAAUCGUGUUGAAAUGGAUUUUUCAGAUUAUAUAGUUACCGUUAGCUAUGAUCCGGACAUUACAGGUCCGAGAACUCGAACUCAUUGUGUUCAGGAAGCUAGCCGUGGCUCCAAGAUGUACCAAGCAACCUUGUAUUCUCCUUCAGGACAAAGAGAAAGGGAUAAGGUGAAUGAAAUUCCCACGUGUAGGGAUCAGUUUUUGUUCAGCUGCUUGUUUUCUGUACCUGUGUUUGUGUUUGCUAUGGUGCUUCCCAUGCUUCCUCCAUAUGGCAACUGGUUGAACUAUAAGAUCCAUAAUAUGCUUACUCUUGGGUUGUUUUUAAGAUGGAUCCUUUGCACGCCUGUGCAGUUCAUAGUUGGGAAAAGGUUCUAUGUGGGAUCAUAUCAUGCACUGAGGAGAAGAUCUGCUAACAUGGAUGUGCUGGUUGCGUUAGGCACUAAUGCUGCUUAUUUUUACUCGUUAUAUAUUGUAAUAAAAGCACUGACUUCAGAUACAAUCGAAGGACAAGAUUUCUUUGAGACCAGUUCCAUGUUGAUAUCCUUUAUCCUAUUAGGAAAAUAUUUGGAGAUUGUGGCCAAAGGGAAAACAUCAGAUGCUUUAGGAAAGCUGACACAACUUGUUCCAGAUAAAGCAUAUUUAGUAGAAAUUGAUACUGAUGCAAAUAUCAUCACAGAGACAGAAAUUGACACUCAACUUAUACAAAAGAAUGACAUAAUUAAGAUUGUGCCUGGGGCUAAAAUUUCCAUUGAUGUAUUGUUAUAAAAGGACAAAGCUAUGCAAAUGAAAGUAUGAUCACUGGAGAGGCAAGACCCAUUGCCA